AUGCAAGAAGAGAAGGGGAAGGCUGCCUGGUUUCAUGAAGUGGAGUCUGAGUCUUGUUGUUAUUUUGAAUUCCAGGGCAUGAGCCAGCUGGAAGUGGAAGAUGAGGUCCAAGAUGAUUUAAAACGGGCUACUGGGGAAUUCAUUAAGGAUGGAGAUAAUGCAAAUAAGCUGAACCGGAUUCUUCAACUAACUGGAUUUAGUGACCCAGUGUAUGCUGAAGCAUAUGUGACAGUUCAUCAUUAUGAUAUUGUCCUUGAUGUUACUGUUAUCAAUCGUACUAAAGAGACCCUCCAGAAUCUAUGCUUGGAGUUGGCAACUAUGGGUGAUCUUAAACUUGUAGACCGCCCCCAGAACUACACCCUAGCCCCUGAAUCCAGCAAGCAGAUAAAAGCAAAUAUCAAGGUGUCCUCAACUGAGACUGGAGUCAUAUUUGGAAACAUCGUUUAUGAGACUUCAAAUGUGCUAGAACGAACUGUUGUUGUCCUCAAUGACAUCCACAUUGAUAUCAUGGACUACAUCUCUCCUGCUGUCUGUAGUGAUGCCACAUUUAGGACUAUGUGGGCAGAGUUUGAGUGGGAAAACAAGGUAUCAUUUCCAUUCCUUUCAUGA